AUUGCUUCUCUAUAAAAGCCAAGAACACUGUGCAAAUGGCACGCAGUACUGCAGAAUCGUCAUCAUGGGCUCCUUCACUUUCAUCCUGACACAGUUGGUGCUAGUUUUAGCUGUUUCAGCUUCGCCCGCGGAUAAUACUUUUGAUUUCCUAGACAUGCUACGCAUUUCUAACUACACGCAAGGAAGUAAAUGUCCGGGCAAGAUUUUCUACAAUGACUGCAAUAUCUGCAUCUCCCGCCCCGACGGCGUUUCCGCUACGUGCACAGAGAUGCCGUGUUCCGAAAGGAAUACCUUGCGCAUUGAUAACUACUUACGCAACAUGCGGCUAUCGCGUGGUUCGUAUCAAGGCUGCUCGUGCUCAGGCACUUGCGUCUGCUCGGGCAGUGCAGUUUGCUCGGGCAGUGCAAUUUGCUCGGGCAGUGCAAUUUGCUCGGGCUGAGAUGAGUAUUUUGGAAGAUUCAUGCACGAUUCUUGCUAUAUUUUAAUUGAAUGGAUAGAAAACAAAUAGUAGUCUUGGUUGUGUAACGACUACUAGGAUGCUUUCGUAUUUUUUAUAUAUCUAUUUCGUAAGCUAAAAUUAUGUAAUAUGUAAAAUUAAAAAAAAAAAAUAUAAAUAUAUAUCUAAUAUAAUCUA